UAUAAAUUUGUAAUAUCAUAAUAAUAAUAAGUACUUAUAAAAGUAUAAAAAUUAACAAUAUUAAGAUAGACACCCGGUCUAUGAUGGCGUCUUCUUUUUUUAAAUUAAAAAUUCUAAAAAGAAAUCGUAAAUCAAGAAGCCUUGCCAUUGGCUUAGAUAAGGAACACGUAAACGAACGAGACGCCGAUUUAAUAAAAUACAAAAAAAGUAAAUGCAGAAUUUGUUUGCUUGAUGGUUCAAUAUCAAUAUUUAGUACAAAUUCAAUAGAAUUAAUAGAAUCUAUCAGACUAUUCGGAGGUAUUGAGGUAUCUGAAGAAGACAGUUAUCCAGAGUAUCUUUGCAAUAUUUGUUACAAUCUUCUUCAAAAUGCAAUAUUAUUUCGAAAGAAAGCACAAGAAAGCUAUUUAGUCCUUAGACAACAAGAUAUACCAAAACUUGAGCUGUCAGUGUGUUCUAAUGAUGCAGAGAGUUUAAAAAGUGACAAUAGUUGUAAAGGAAUUAUAAGCAAAAAUAUAAAAAGUAUAAAAUAUAAAUGUGAAAUUUGUAACAUAGUUUUUUUAACUUGGAAUGAAUUAGUAGUGCACAAUAGUAGCAUACAACAUAGAAAUGUUCGCAUCCAAUGUCCUGUAUGCAAACGUUUAUUAACGACACAGUUGUAUAAAAAGCAUUUAGCUCGUCAUCAAUCGGCAACACAUCUUGUAUGUGAUGUUUGUGGAAAGAUGUAUCGAAAGGAUAAUUUAGUUCGCCAUCUACAGUUACAUAAUUUUGAUUUGCCUUUUAGAUGUAAAAUUUGUCCCUACAGGGGAAGAUUCCCAGAGUCUUUGAAAAUUCACAUGCGAACACACACAGGGCAAAAGCCUUUUUCAUGUGAUAAAUGCCAAUUAAGUUUUUUAACAAGAAGCAAUUUAAAAAGGCAUCUAUUAACACAUAAUAAACAAAAACCAUUUAAUUGUACUGAAUGCAGUAGAGGUUUUUAUACAAAGCAUGAUAUGGCUGUACACAUUACGUCAGAUCAUGUAGGAAUAAAAAAUUAUGGAUGUAAAACCUGCGGCAACAAGUAUGGUACUAGGAAAGCCCUAAUGAGACAUGAACUCAGAGUACAUAAAAGAGAAAAAAUGGCAAAAGGUCGAAUGCCUUUAUAUUUGCAACCUGAAUACAAAAUAUAGAUCACAGAAAAAAAAAAACUUAUAAAAAUAUAACUCAAAACAAACAUCUAGGAUAAAAUAUAUGUAGUAUGUAUGUGUACUAGUCAUAUAAUAUAAUAGGGUUAUAUAAAAUACUGCUUUGUUUGACUAGAUCCUUUAAUAACUCGUUUAACAUUUGUAGCAAUAAAUAUACAAUAUACAGAUACAUUUUAAUUACUGGGUAAAUUACUCUUAAAUAUAUUUUUUAAAUGUGUAAAUCUUUGGUGUAACAUCUCAAUUAUAAAUUUACAAUGGAAGAAUGCUAUAUAUG